AGCCGGAGCGCGGAGGGCCGGGAAUGCCCGCGGCGCGGGGCCGCACAGCCGCCGGUGGCCCCUGUCUGGGCGAUGGCUCUGCGUCUCGUCGCCGACUUCGAUCUCCAGAAGGACGUGCUCCCGGGGCUGCUGGCGCAGCGAGCGGUGCUGGCUGUCGCUGGGGCCAGAGGCGGCGGCGUAGGUAUUUUAGAAAAUUAUGACAGUUUACGUGUACAAAAUAUUGAAAGAAAUGGAAAUAUUAUUUAUACUUAUAAGGAUGAUAAGGGAAAUGUUUUCUUUGGAUUAUAUGAUCGCCAAACCCGACAAAAUGAGCAUCUCUAUACCUUUGAGACAGACUUUCAAGUUGUCAGUUGCUCUGUCAACAGUGAGAGAACUUUGCUUGCUGUAAGUUUAGUUCAAGCUACUAAAGAAGGAAGAAGGAAUGAGCAUCAACCAGAAUCAAAGUGUUUAACUUUGUUAGUGGAAAUCCACCCCAUUAACAAUGUGAAGGUUCUAAAAGCAGUGGAUAGCUGUAUUUGGGCACAGUUCCUCUACCCACAUGUUGAAAGUCACCCUCUUUCAGAGAACCGUCUGUUACUGAUUUCAGAAGAGAAAUAUAUUGAACAAUUUCAUAUCCAAGUCACCCAAGAAGAUGGAGAUAAAGUGGUGAUUAAAAAUUCUGGCCAUCUUCCAAGAGACAGAGUAGCUGAGGAUUUUGUUUGGGCUCAGUGGGAUAUGUUAGAGCAAAGACUAUACUACAUUGACCUGAAGAAUUCAAGGACUAUCUUAAAAUGCAUCCAGUUUAAUGCUGAUGAGAACUUUACUCUAAUGUUUGAAGCAUCCUUGGACAUAUCAUUAAAAGACUCAGGAUUUAAGCUUGUCAACUUUGGAUGUGAUUAUCUUCAAGAUCAAGAGAAAUUUUCCAAACACCUGAGUCUGUGUGUUUUUACCAACAAAACAGGAAGCUUAUGUGUAUGCUACAGCCCGAAGUUUGACUCUGGGAAACAAAUCACAUACUCGGUGUUCUACUUUCAUAAAGGGCAUAGCAAAACCUUCACCGCUGCUCUUGGGAGUGCUGACUCACAUGUGACAAAGGGUAUUACUUUUCUCAACCUAGACUGUUACGUGGCUGUUUACUUACCUGGUCAUUUCUUUCACCUACUUAACAUACAACAUCCAGACUUGAUCUGCCACAGUCUGUUUCUGACAGGAAAAAAUGAAAUGAUUGAUAUGCUACCUCAUAGUCCUUUACAGUCACUGUCAGGGUCCAUGGUACUGGACUGGAAUUCUGGAAAGCUCUAUAGAGCACUCCUCAACCAGUCGUAUUUGUUACAGUUAUUGUGGAACACCCCUCUGGACUGUGAGAGGAUGGCCGUGCUGCACUGCGUGCUCUCAUGCGGCAGAGACUCACGGUUCCUGGAAGCCCAGAUUAUUCAGUGGAUUUCUGAGAACAUCUCUGCCUGCCAUUCAUUUGACCUCAUUCAGGAAUUUAUAAUUGCUUCUUCAUACUGGAGCAUAUGUCCAGAGACCAGUAAUGUAGAUAAACUUUUGCCAUAUUCCUCAGUGAUCACUUGGAAUACAGAAAUCCCUGGAAUAACCCUUGUGACAGAAGAGAUUGCGUUGCCUCUUAUGAAGGUGCACAGCUUUAAGGGCUACUGGGAAAAACUGAACUACAACCUAGAAUAUGUUAAGUACGCCAAGCCACACCUCCACUAUAACAACAGCGUGAUCAGGAAAGAAUGGAACAACCUGAUCUCGGAAGAGAAAACAGGAAAAAGAAGGUCCACAGCAUAUGUGAGGAAUAUUCUCGAUAAUGCAAUGAAGGUGAUUUUUAACCUAGAAGCAAGGAGUUUGGAGCCAAGACUAACGCCCCUCUUCCAGGAGGAAGACAACCACCAGAGGCUGCUCGUGGGGCUCAUGGUGUCUGAACUAAAAGACCACCUUUUGAGACACCUACAAGGUGUAGAAAAGAAGAAAAUUGAACAGAUGGUUCUGGACUACAUUUCAAAACUGCUGGAUCUCAUUUGCUGCAUAUUGGAAGCCAGUUGGAGGAAACAUAAUCUUCAUCCCUGGGUUCUACACUUUGAUAGGCGUGGCAGUGCUGCUGAGUUUGCAGUCUUUCACCUCAUGACCAGGAUUUUGGAAGCUACCAACAGUUUGUUUUUACCUCUGCCUCCUGGUUUUCACACUCUGCACAUGGUCCUUGGUGUCCACUGUCUCCCUUUGCAUAACCUGCUGCAUUACAUUGAUAAUGGAGUGUUGCUGCUCACAGAAACAGCUGUUACAAGGCUUGUGAAAGAUCUGGAUAAUACAGAGAGGAAUGAAAAACUAAAAUUUAGCAUCAUUGCACGGCUUCCUCCGCUUAUUGGUCAGAAGAUCAGUCGACUUUGGGAUCAUCCUAUGAGUUCCAAUAUUAUUUCACGGAAUCAUGUGAAGCAAUUGCUUCAGAACUAUAAGAAACAGCCUCGGGAUUCUAUGACUGACAAGUCAUCAUUCAGUGUAGAAUUUCUGCCUCUGAACUACUUCAUUGACAUACUGACAGACAUUGAGUCCUCCAAUCAAGCUCUGUAUGCUUUUGAAGGACAUGACAAUGUGGAUGCAAAAUUUGUAGGGGAAGCAGCUCUGAAACACACCACAAUGCUUUUAGGCUUAUAAAAGAGCAAAUGCAGUUAAAUCAGCUUCCAAUAUUUUAAUCUCGCUUUAACAAUAUUUAAAAUUGUUGAUAAUAAUCAGAAUAUAUUCUUGAGCCAUCUGAACUGCAGUUUGGUACUUGUUUAGACAGAGCUAAACUGCUGUACCUCACCCCAAUUUUAAACAUCAGGUGAGCAGUCAAGUAUAGAGAAAUGAUAAAAAGUCCAAAGAGGCAUUUAAAAAAAAAAAAGAACUCAUCCCUGUUGAGUGAAUUCCCACUCACAGCGACCCUAUAGGACACAGUAGAAUUGCCCCAUAGGGUUUCCAAGGAGCGGCUGGUAGAUUUGAAUCACCAAACUUUUGGUUAGCAGCCAGGCUCUUAACCACUAUGCCAAGAGGCAUAAAAUGGCAUAAAUGAUGCUCUUCAGAGAAUUAUUUUACUAAUGGCCUAAUAGGCCCCAAACUAGUCUCUUUGCACUCUGAAAUAAAACAUGCUUUAAAAAUGCAGGGAACAGUCCUUGAAAAGCAUAAACUAGAUGUGUCUUUGUAAAGAACAUAUACUAAGAAAAAUUAAAUGUUACAUAAAAACUCUAUUUGGAUAGAGGAGACUUGCAAAAAAACGGGAUUUGGACUAAAUGAAAUCUUCUAUCUCCAGUAUAGAAUAAUUUAUAACAUAUAUUAGUUUGUACAUACAGUAUUUGGAGUACAGUUUGUCUUUGUGAUGGUUCAGAUGGAACUGUGUUUAAAUUUUUUAAGGUUUUUUUUAUAUUUAUAAAAGUUUGAUUUAGUAAUGUCUAGUCAUUAAAAAAAAAAAAAAAAGAAAAGAAAAAAUAAAA